AUGUCAGGAAUAUCCAAAGUGCUUUGCCUUCCCGGAUACUUACAAAGUGGAAGUACCCUUGCUCGAAAGUCAUCAGGGUUGCGAAAGAUUCUUUCGAAAAAACUUGGCAUUCAAGUUGAUUAUAUAACGCCAUGCCAUAAAAUCAAAUCCAGGCACGAAUUGAGCUUUCCGUUGGGUUCUACGGAAGAAGAGAGUGACAAAGUGUGGAGUCAAAUUGUUGAGAAUGGAAGCAAUGCUAGAUGGUUCGAUGCUCAAAGUGCAAAUAAUUACAUUGGUUUAGAAGAGUCAAUAAGGUUUGUCGUUGAUCAUAUUGAAAAAAACGGACCAUACGAUGGAAUUAUUGGGUUUUCUCAAGGUGCUGCAAUGGCAGUGAUGAUUACAAAUUGUUUGCAAACGUAUUUGCCCGCACACCCUCCUUUCAAAAUUAGUAUGCCCGUGUCUGGUUUCUGUUUAACUGUACCUAGAAGUGGCGAUCUCAGUGACGAGAAUAAACAGCGGAUUUUGCAGAUUGCCGAUGUUAAUGAGUACGCGGCCGAAGUUGAACUAUCAGACAAAGUAGCCAAGUAUUUGUGUAACUCCAACGGUGACAGCACGGGGAAAUCUUUACCUACCGAAAUUGUUCUUUUAUAUGGAUUGAAUGAUAGCAUCGUGCCACCGAUAAGAUCACAAUAUGUGAAGACCUUAUAUAAUGAGAAACAGGUGCAUGUUUUUGAACACAACGGUGGCCACUUUUUUCCCAACGACAAGCAAAUAGUCCAACCUAUUGCAGAGCUAUUUGAUGUAAAGAUAAAUGGAAAGUUGUAG